AUGUGCGGAAGCAACAAAAAAGAUGCUUCCCAGGGCCCUGUGUCCCCUUUGUUGCUAAAUAAUAAAACCAAGAAAGCAAUGGAAUCAAUCGCACCAAUCUUGGAAGGAUUCAGUCCAAAGACUUCUGCAAGCGAAAAUACGUCUUUUAAACUGCCACCCCCUGGAAGCCCACACCAAUCACAUGUCGAUGACGAUAUAGGAUGUGAUUUGGGCUUAGAUAGGACAUUGAGCAUGAGUUCUCAACAUUCGUCUUGUUCGUCAAGACCCGGUUUGUCUCCAUCCAAUUCGUACGAUAAUGCUCCGUCGGGACUUGUUUUGCAAAGACUAAAGAGCAACUCGAAUCUAAACCCUAACAAUACUGCCGUUCCGGGCAGUUCCACUUCAGUUUCAAGCCAGGCCACGUCUGAGCAGGGACAAGCGACAAGCGACCAUAACGGAAACGAUGCUCACCCAGAAACGGGUACAAGCUCUGCCACAAGCUCUGCAGGCUCCUCCCGUAAACCAUCCUCGAGCGCUUCCAAGCCACAAUUGCCAAAAAUCGGGAAAAUCGGGGUGUGUGCCAUGGAUGCUAAAGUUCUGUCCAAGCCUUGUAGACACAUUUUGAACAGGCUGAUCGAAAACGGCGAGUUUGAAACCAUCAUUUUUGGUGACAAGGUUAUUUUGGAUGAAAACAAGGAAAGUUGGCCAACUUGUGAUUUCCUCAUCAGUUUCUUUUCCUCCGGCUUCCCGCUAAAUAAGGCCAUCGAUUACGUGAAUCUACGCAAACCUUUCACUAUCAAUGAUUUGGUGAUGCAAAAGGCUUUGUGGGAUAGAAGACUUUGUCUCAAGCUUUUGGACGUGUCCAGAGUGCCCACGCCUCCAAGACUAGAGAUUAGUCGAGACGGAGGACCUCGGGUGGAUGCUGCGUUGAAGGCUAAACUGCUUGAAAAGGGUAUUGACGUCAAGCCUUGUAAGGAGCCAGAGUGGAGAAUGGUGGACGAAGAUACACUCGAAGUAAAUGGAGUCAGAAUGUCAAAGCCCUUUGUGGAGAAACCGGUAGACGGCGAAGACCACAAUGUCUACAUAUAUUACCACUCCAAAAAUGGGGGCGGUGGUAGACGUUUGUUCCGUAAAGUGAGAAAUAAAAGCUCAGAAUUCGAUCCUGCUCUGGUUAACCCACGUACGGAGGGCUCUUACCUCUACGAAGAAUUUAUGGACACAGACAACUUUGAGGAUGUCAAGGCUUACACUGUUGGUGAAGGGUUCUGCCAUGCAGAGACCAGAAAGUCGCCUGUUGUUGACGGAAUUGUCAGAAGAAACACACAUGGUAAAGAAAUCAGAUAUAUAACUGAGCUUUCCGUUGAGGAGAAGGAGAUGGCCAAGCGCAUCACCAAUGUAUUCUCUCAGAUGAUUUGCGGUUUUGACUUGCUGCGUGUGAAUGGGAAAAGCUAUGUCAUCGACGUGAAUGGGUUUUCAUUCGUGAAGGAUAACUCUGCCUACUAUGAUGCGUGUGCCAAGAUUCUAAGAGACACUUUUUUACAGGCCAAGAAAAGAAUGGACCUUGAAAAACGCAACUUGCCCGUUAUCAAAGAAGAAAAAACUCAAAAGUGGGUUUUCAAAGGACUGGUGACUGUCAUCCGCCAUGCAGACCGGACCCCCAAACAAAAGUUCAAGCAUUCGUUCACUUCUCCGAUCUUCAUCUCUUUGUUGAAAGGGCACAAAGAAGAAGUGGUGAUCAGAAACUCAUCAGAUCUGAAGGUAGUGCUACAGGCUUUGAUGAUUGCCAAGGAAGAAAACACUGAGGAUCCUCAAAAAUUGAAUGUCCUAGCUAGUGCUCUGGAGAAAAAGAUGGAAUUUCCCGGCACCAAAAUUCAAUUGAAACCUGUUCUCAAUUCCGAGAAGGAGGUCGAAAAGGUUCAAUUCAUAUUGAAAUGGGGAGGUGAGCCUACCCAUUCUGCACGUUAUCAAGCAACCGAGUUAGGAGAGCAAAUGAGACAAGACUUUGACCUUCUCAAUAAAAAGAUCCUUCCUAACAUCAAAAUUUAUUCCUCAUCCGAAAGGCGAGUAUUGGCUUCGGCGCAGCUAUGGGCAAUGGCGCUUUUUGGUGCUGACGAACUUGGGAGCGACGAAAUUUGUAUAAGGAAAGAUUUGCUAGACGAUAGCAAUGCAGCCAAGGAUCUUAUGGAUAAGGUGAAAAAACAACUAAAGCCUUUGCUGAGAGAAGGUAAGGAGGCUCCCCCUCAAUUUGCAUGGCCCGCCAAAAUGCCUGAACCAUAUUUGGUAAUUAAGCGGGUCGUGGAGCUGAUGAACUUUCACAAGCGCGUCAUGGAUUACAAUUUCAGAACCAAGGAUGUCAAUGAAAUGCAGCGCAGAUGGUGUUGUGCAGAGGAUCCGACGCUUUUCAAGGAGCGCUGGGACAAGCUUUUCAAGGAAUUUGUCACAGUGGAGAAAGUCGAUCCUGCUAAGAUUUCAGAGCUUUACGAUACUAUGAAAUAUGAUGCUCUUCACAACCGUCAAUUUUUGGAACACAUUUUUGCACUGAAUGACGCUAGGGCGAGGGCCAAUUUGAACCUGUGCAAGGACUCUCUUGUUGACCGUUAUCCAAUCAACAUUUUGGCGAUGAACAACUUCAAAAUUCCAGACUCUUCCUCACACAGCGGCGGUGGCUCCAGUAAAUCCAGCAGUGUUGGGUCGCUGGGUUGGGUCCUAGAGAGCAACUCAAAUUCGGCAGAAUCGUCGUCAGUGUUUGACGAUCCAAAAUUCAUGCAAUUGCGAGAACUCUACAAACUGUCCAAGGUCUUGUUUGACUUUAUUUGUCCGCAGGAAUACGGAAUUGAGGAUGGAGAAAAACUCGACAUCGGCCUUCUGACUUCGCUUCCUUUGGCGAAACAGAUCCUAACUGAUAUCGACGAUAUGAAGAGCAAAGACGAGCCAGCGUGCGUUGCUUAUUUCACGAAAGAAUCCCAUAUUUACACUUUGCUCAACAUCAUUUACGAGAGCGGGCUUCCCAUGAGAAUAGCUCGCAAUGCGCUGCCGGAAUUGGACUAUCUGUCACAGAUCAAUUUUGAACUAUACGAAAGCACCGACACUUGCGGUCAAAAAUCGCAUGCGAUCAGACUCAAAAUGUCUCCUGGCUGCCACACCCAAGAUCCCCUUGAAGUUCAGCUCGACGAAAAACAUUACAUCAGCUGUAUUCCGAAGUUAUCUUUGACCAAGCACUUGGAUCUCGACUACGUCUCCCAAAAACUGAGGAACAAAUUUUCACGAGUAAUCUUGCCUCAGAAGUUUACGCCUGUUAAUAUAACAAGCCCAAAUCUAUCCUUCCACAAGUAUAUUUCCGGGCACCACGAUUCUUGA